AUGUCCACUCAAUCAACCACCCGCGGCCGCAUCCGCGACAUCCUCCCGAAUCUCCACCUCGGAACCUGGCCGGCCGGCCCCAAGAACUCCAUCACCGAUAUCCCCGGCAUCCUGGCAUCCACACAAGAAAUCCACACCGACGAGGGCGUCAACACCGGCGUGACCGUCAUCCUGCCGCACAAGGACUGGUUCAAGGACGCGUGCUACGCCGGCGUCUUCCGCUUCAACGGCUCCGGCGAGCUGACCGGGUCGCACUGGAUCGAGGAGACGGGCCUGCUCGCCAGCCCCAUUGUCCUGACGAACUCCUUCUCCGUCGGCGACUGCUACCGCGGCAUCUACGAGUACUCCAUCAAGAACUACUCCAAUGAGAAGGGCGAGGUGGAGUGGUUCCUGUUGCCCGUUGUCGGAGAGACGUUCGACGGGCAUCUGAACGACAUCUCGAAGCUAGCCGUCAAGCCUUCGGACGUGAUCAACGGCAUUGAGACGGCCACGGAUGCUCCUGUGCGGGAGGGCAAUACCGGUGGCGGCACCGGCAUGAUCUGCCAUUACUUCAAGGGCGGCACGGGCUCGAGCAGUCGUGUUGUCGAAGGAUUCGACGGCGAGGGCAACAAGAAGAUUUACACCGUCGCGGCGCUGGUGCAGGCCAACUACGGCAAGGCGGCGCACCUGCGCAUCGGCGGGUUCCCCGUCGGCCGCAUCCUCGAAAAGGAGAAGGCCGACUCCUUCGUCGAGGUCGCCAAGCACAAGGACAAGAAGGACGGCUCCAUCAUUGUCAUCAUCGCCACCGACGCGCCCCUGACGCCCAUUCAGUGCCAGAGGCUCGCCAAGAGAGCGACGGUCGGGCUGUCGAGGGUCGGCGGGUAUGGCCACAACCCGUCCGGCGACAUUUUCCUCGCCUUCUCCACGGGCAACCACAUUCCUGUGCAGACUAUCAGCAUGGAGAGACGCGAGGUCGAUCCGUGGAAGGCGAAGGCGUUGAAGAUUGAGUCCAUUGACGAUACCAGCAUCAACGGACUGUUCGAGGCUGCGGCCGAUGCGACGGAGGAGAGUAUCUACAACGUGUUGUGCUCUGCCGAGACCAUGACCGGUUUCUGCGGCCGGACGAUCGAAGCACUGCCUUUGGAUCGAUUGAGGGAGAUUAUGAAGAAGUAUGAUUCAUAG